AUGUCUGAAAGCGACCAAGACGAUGAGCUUAAAAGAGCAAUUGCGCUUUCUCUCCAAGAAUCUGGGGUGGUGAGAGAUGAGGAUGUAAGUUAUGAAGGUACCAGAAAGAAGAAUGUCAUCGAUCUUGUUAGCAGCGAUGAGGAGGAUGAUUUGGACGCGCCGGUGGUUGCGAGGCCUGUUAGAUCGUUGCACAACCCCAUCGCGAAAACUAGCCGCGUGCAAGACUUAUCGAUAGCAGCUUCUAAGAAUCUGGAGAAAAAAGCUUUGAAUGAAGAACGUGGCCUGGAGCAAAAUGAUGAACCAGCAGCUAUCGAAAAGAUAUCCACAGUAGUUCAAUCGACUGCAGAAUCAGCAUCUGGCACAACCCUUGGCAUUCUGGGAAAGUUCGAUAGAAAGAAGAUGGAGGAGGAGAGAUUAGAAAGAGCAAGAAACAGAAAAGAACAAACGGAAGGCGGUGGAUCGUCUUCAGAACCUAGCCGCAAGAGAAAGGCGACCAGUCCUCUCGCUGAGCACGAAGCGCGAAGUGGGAAGCAAAAUGUUACAAAAUCGACGAUGCCUUCAUCAUCAGCACCUCGGACGAUAGGUGCAUCAAAUCCUGUUGCGCUUAGUUCAGGAUUCAAUUUAAACAAUCUACCGCAAACGCAAAAGCAACAGCCUUCAGAAUCAAGCCGGAUCAGCAACCUCAACCAGACACCCAAUAUUUUGUCCUACCGCAAUCAAGCGACAAAUCUUUCAGAGCUGGAACAUGCUGUUUUAUCAGCUUUCCAAAUUGAACCUGAUUGGAUUGGUGGGAAGAUGGAGGAGAGGACUAAAGUUGUUUGGGUUUUACAGGCGAAGGGAGAGGGAGAGAAAGCCAACAUUCGCUCGCAAGCUCCUAGCAACUACCAAUUUUGCUUUCCGUCCAUGGAGGGCAAUAUCAACUGUAUGCACUCAAAACUCAUGCUUCUUGCAUACAAAUCACAUCUUCGUAUUGUUGUACCGAGUGCGAAUCUCGUGCCUUACGAUUGGGGUGAAGCUGGAGGAGUUAUGGAAAAUAUCGUAUUUUUGAUUGACCUCCCUCGACAUCCUGGAGGCAAAUCGGCCACUCCGGAAACCUUCUUCGCGACGGAAUUACUCCAUUUCCUGAAGUCGAUGGGCCUGAAAAAGAGCAUUAUCGACAGCCUGGGCAGCUUCGAUUUCUCCAACACCACUGACUUGGCAUUUGUUCACUCCAUUGGAGGACCUCAUGACACGAAUGAUCUGAAAAGAACAGGUUAUUGCGGGUUAGGCAACGCAAUCACCAGACUCGGCAUUCAAACCGAUGGAGCACUGACCGUGGAUUUAAUCGCUGCUUCGAUUGGAAGCCUUACACUUAAUUUCAUCAAAGUGAUGUACAUGGCUUGUCACGGCGAUGAUGGUAUGACUGAAUACGAAUGGCGACAAAGCAAGACUCCCAAAAGCAAACCGCAGAAGAAGUCAGUUGCCGAGCGGAAUAUCUCAGAUGAGAUCAAGCAAUAUUUUCGGAUAUACUUUCCCACUCAUGAGACUGUCGCAAACAGCAAAGGUGGUGUAGGUGCUGGCGGUACCAUAUGUACGCAAUCACAAUGGUACGACAACGGGGUCUUCCCUAAGGAACUUAUGCGUGAUUGUCAGAGCACCAGGCCUGGUCUCUUAAUGCACAGCAAAAUGAUAUUCGUCCGGCCUCACAAGCCCACCAAAUCCGGCGUCAAGGCUUGGGCGUAUGUUGGCAGUGCGAAUUUAUCUGAAAGUGCCUGGGGCCAUCUCUCCAAGGAUCGAGUAACCAAACAACCCAAGCUCAACUGCCGGAAUUGGGAAUGUGGUGUUGUCUUUCCUGUCCGGGGCAGUGAGAUUGGCACCAAGCUCGAACACAAAGGACCGCCAGGUAUUGAAGUGUUCAAAGGCCAUAUACCGGUGCCUAUGAUCGUGCCAGGGGCUGAGUACGGAGACAAGAGACCUUGGUUCUUUAAGGAAGGAAGAUAG